AUGGAGGAGGUGGCCGCUGCUCGUUGCGGCUUGCCGGCGAGGCGGAAGCGAGCGCGCAAAGACCGGCGCGGAGAGGAUGCGGCCCGGGGGGCUGUCGGCAAGGGGGACCCCCGCGUGGCGGCUGAAGACCCGACGGAGAAGGACCAGCGCUCUCGGCACUUGGCGCUUCUGGCAGAGAAGCCUGCGGCGGACCGUGGCCUGGAGGAGCUGGUGUUCGGAGAUACGGAGGAGGGCGAGGGCCUGCUGAGGCGGUUGCGAGGCCGCCCCUCUGGGCAGCACGGUAAAGUGGUUAGUGGGAACCUUCUUGAAGAGGAGUCUUGUGAUUCCGAAACUGAUGAUGAUACAGACAACUUCCUGCUAUCUAAAAAGCCAGCAUGGGUGGAUGAGGAUGAUGAAGCUGAGGAAACAAUUGACAUGACUCAUCGAUAUAGGAAAAAUAUGAUGAAAAGUGAUGCAGAAAGAAAACUAACUAAGGAAAAGCUUCAGAGAAGACUUCAAGAAGAAUUUCAGAGUGCUAUGGGAGCAACCCCUUCUUGGGCACAGAGGUCUAUGAAGAAGGAAAUUAGAAAAACAAAAAAUGAAGAUGACAGUGAAGAGGAUGAAGAUGCUGAUCUACUGCGCAAGACAGGCAAUUUUGUGACCACAUCUGAAUCUUUACCAAGAGGUAUUUUACAGAUGAAAAAGUGUUCACACGCUAAUAGGGACCGUCUGUCAGAUGUAAAACUUACAACUGUGCAGUUCCAUCACUCUGCUCAAGUUGUUAUGACAGCUGGGGUUGAUCAGUCUGUAUCACUGUUUCAGGUGGAUGGUAAAACUAACCCAAAGAUACAAAGCAUCUAUCUGGAAGACUUUCCAGUCUACAAGGCACGUUUCAGUGCAGAUGGAGAGCAGGUUAUAGCCACUAGUAUACGUGACAAGCUGUUCUAUAUAUAUGAUAUGAUGGGUGGAAAGAUUAUUCCUGUAAACCAUAUUAGAGGUUUAGAGGAGAAAAUUGUCAGAAAAUUUGAAGUAUCUCCAGAUGGAUCAUUCCUCCUGAUUUUUGGGCUGUCAGGAUAUCAGCAUUUGAUAUCAAUGAAGACAAAAGAGUUUGUCGGCAGCAUGAAAAUAAAUGGGAGAGCUAUUGCAUCAUCUUUUUCUCCAGACGGCAGAAAAAUCUACACACAUUCUGAUGAAGGUGAAGUCUUCAUAUGGGAUGUGAAAAGUAGGCGGUGUUUGCACAGGUUUACUGAUGAAGGUUGUCUGCGCGGUACGAGCAUUGCAGUCUCAAAAAAUGGCCAAUAUGUGGCUUGUGGUUCUAGUUCUGGAGUUGUGAAUGUGUAUGCCCAUGAUGACUGUCUCAGAAAAACCAAUCCUAAACCUCUGAAAGCUAUAAUGAAUCUGGUAACAGCUGUUACAUCGCUGUCCUUCAAUCCCACAUCAGAAAUACUGGCAAUUGCUUCCAAAAAAAUUGAUGAUGCAGUGAAGCUGGUCCACAUUCCUUCCCUUACGGUAUUCUCAAAUUUCCCUCUGUUUGGAGGAAAGGUAAUAUACUUGGCUGAAUCUAUGGACUUCUCACCCAGAAGUGGAUUUUUUUCUGUAGCAAAUAACAAAGGCAAAGCUUUAUUGUAUAGGUUGCAACACUACUCAGACUUCUAAGCUGUCUACUUUAGAAUGAGGUAAUUUAUCAACCAAAACAAGGAUACCACUGGGGAAUUGCUGGCUGUGUAGCUUAACUCUU